ACUACACGGGGAGAUGGAAGAUGCUGCACUAUUUCGCGAAGAGUUUCUUCGCCAACGUCAUCGUGACGGGCCACAAGAACCUCGAAGAGCAAAUCCUGCUCUACACAGUCAAUGAUCAACUGUCUCCAAUUGAAGAUGUGAGUGUGCUGGUGCAAAUCUUCAACUACGACAGUCCAGAGUUCCGGCCUGUGCACGAGUACCGAUUGGCCACAAGUUUGGAAGCUGGAUCUUCUCAGCUGAUCGAGACCAUUGAGACUGAAGACGUUCUGCAAGAGGUCGGCUGCGAACUCACCACCUGCUUCUUCUACUUUGUCGUCCAGAAGAACGCCUCCUUAACAUACAGCACGGCAAUCAGCCCGGAAAACUACGUCUUCCCGGCCAAGCUGAAGAACUCCGAGUUGUCCUCGCCCGAUGUGGAGAUCGUCUCGGUGUCGCAGACAGGCACGAAAACAUACGAGAUUACAGUCAGGUCGGAUAACAUUGCGCUCUUCGUCUGGCUGGAUGCCCAUGCUAUAAUGGGACGCUUUUCGGAAAAUGGGUUCUUGCAAGUGGAGGCCACCAGAACGGUGUCUUUCCAUAGCGACCAAGACACUAAUGUUGAGGAACUGCAAGCUGCUAUCACUGUUACUCAUCUCAAACACUCCCGAUGGGCUUAAAUUUUCAUUUUGAUGAAUAAAGCUGAGUUUUGCUGUA